AUGAGGGCGCUGGCGCGGCUGCUGCUGCUGCUGCUGGCGGCGCUGCUGGGGCGCGGCUGGGGCGCGCGGUGCCCGGCGCGCUGCGACGUGUCGCGGUGCCCGAGCCCCGGCUGCCCCAGCGGCUACGUGCCCGACGGCUGCAACUGCUGCUUGGUGUGCGCGGCGGGCGAGGGCGAGGCGUGCGGCCGCGCCGAGGACCCGCCGUGCGGAGACGACCUCCAGUGCCGCUUCCCGGCCGCGGGGCAGGGCCCGGGCCCCGGCGUGUGCCAGUGCCAGCUCCGCGCGCCGGUGUGCGGCAGCGACGGCAGGACGUACGCCAACGGGUGCCGCCUCAAGAGCGCCGAGCGCCAGGCUCUGCAGCAGGGGCUGCCGCCCGUCGUGCAGGUCCAGAAGGGCGCCUGCGGAGCCGAUCAUCAACAGCCAAACAGCCCAAGGUAUAAGUUUAACUUCAUUGCAGAUGUGGUGGAGAAGAUUGCACCAGCAGUUGUACAUAUAGAACUUUUCUUAAGGCAUCCUCUGUUUGGCCGGAAUGUUCCUCUUUCCAGUGGAUCUGGGUUUAUUGUGUCAGAUGCAGGUUUAAUUGUAACCAAUGCCCACGUGGUGUCAAGCAGCUCCACAGUCACCGGGCGGCAACGAUUGAAAAUCCAGCUGCAGAAUGGAGACACAUAUGAUGCAACAAUCAAAGACAUUGAUAAGAAAUCUGAUAUAGCGACGAUAAAGAUUAAUCCACGGAAAAAGUUGCCUUUCCUCGCCAUGGGCCUGUCUGGGGAUCUGAGGCCUGGUGAAUUUGUUGUGGCCAUUGGGAGUCCCUUUGCUUUGCAGAACACAGUGACAACAGGGAUUGUCAGUACAGCCCAGCGCGAUGGCAAAGAGCUUGGCUUGAAGGAUUCUGACAUGGAUUAUGUUCAGACAGAUGCUAUCAUCAAUUACGGAAACUCAGGAGGACCUCUGGUAAACUUGGAUGGAGAAGUGAUUGGCAUCAAUACGUUAAAGGUUGCUGCAGGAAUUUCCUUUGCUAUUCCUUCCGAUCGCAUUGCUCGAUUCCUCUCAGAGAAUUCUGACAAAGAAAGUAAAGAUAUGAAAAAAAGGUUCAUUGGAAUAAGGAUGCUGACAAUAACACCUGCACUAGUGGAAGAACUUAAGCUCGAUGAUCCAGAUUUUCCAGAUGUCAGUAGUGGAAUUUAUGUGCAUGAAGUUGUUCCAAAUUCUCCAUCUCAGAGAGGUGGGAUUAAGGAUGGAGAUAUCAUUGUUAAGGUGAAUGGGCGUCCAUUGGAGACUUCUGCUGACCUGCAAGAUGCAGUAAUGAAUGAAUCACCUCUACUACUUGAAGUUAGAAGGGGAAACGAUGACUUGUUGUUUAACAUAGAACCUGAAGUGCUUAUGUAAAACAAACUGAGGAAGAUCAUUGCAACACAAUUAAACUCAUUUAUUCUGGAACAUCAGAUACCUCCUUUACAAUGAUUGACAUAACUGCCUGAGCCGGGGCUGUACCUGACAGUCAACAACCUCACUACUUCAAGAAAAGUUCCUUUUGGUAGUCCUGCAUAUUGAAUUUCAUAUAGUGUACGACUGUUGUAUAUGAAAGCAGUGAAAUGUAGAAAAAUGAUUCUUAUAGAAUUAUUGCCUGAUAUAAAAGCAAAACAAUGUGCAAAACAAAGCUAAAACUUUGAGAAAGUGCACAAUUUUUCAGGGUUUUUAAAAUGAUUUUUUUUCAUUGUAUUAAGAAAGCAUUAUUGUACAAAUUGUAUACUUAUGACAAGUACUGUAUGUUCUACUGUACAAAGAUUAAAGUUUACACAACUGAAAAGUUUUCUCUUUAA